AUGGCAACCGGUAAGCAUCCAUACUCAGUCUCCAAUAAGUAAAUGACAUAUAUCCAAAUGAUUCAGAAUAUUCUGAAAUCUGAAUCUCCAAAAUUGGAUAAUUAUCCGUACAGUUUAGAAAUGAGGGACUUUGUGAAUAUCUGUUUAAACAAGGAUCAAAGCAAACGAUUGGAUGCAUAGACCUUAUUGUAACAUAAUUGGAUAGUAAAGAAUGCUUAGAAUAGUCAAUACGUGCAAAUGUGGAUCAUGCAGAAGGACCAAAAGUUACAAUUAAUGCAACAAAAAUGA